CCCACCUUGGCCUUCCAAAAUGCUGAGAUUACAGGCCUGAGCGCCUAUGCCCAGCAGGUACUGUGCCUUUUGGAUUUUCCAAUGAAUGAAAUGAGUAUUUCUUGAGUGUUGACCCUGUGACCCCCUGGCACCGUGUCAUGUGCUGGUUAUGCACACACGAUAUUCUGUUUCAUCCCCGGACGGCUCCAUUAGGUGAAUGCCAAUAUUAUCACAUCUUACGUAAGAGGACACUGAGGCUCAGAGAGGCAAAGUCACUGUCACUGGUGCACCCAGCUAGUGGGGGCUAGGGUGGGUGUGGAGGGGCCAGAAGCUUCCCAAUAAGUGCCUGAAGGGCAAGGCUGGGGCAUUUGUAGGUCGAGGCUGUGCCACUGUGUCUAGGUCAGACCUAGGAAUGCCGCAGGUGUUGCAUAAAUGCUCAUCAGUCCAGGCUGGACUGCUUAUGCCCAACUAAGUGCCUAGCCUGGUCUGGGUGACCUCACAGCCUGCAUUCUUUGCCCUACACCUGUUGUGGGAAAGCGUGCUCCCAGUAUGCUGUAAAUCCUUGCAUUCUUAGCUAACCAUGUGACCCCAGUUCUGGGCCAGCAAAGAUGGUCCUGAAGACCUAGGACUCUGGCCUUUUCCUGUCUCAUGGCUACUGACCCCAUCCCCUGGGUUUGGAGGGCUCUAGGACCCAGCAACCUGUGGAGGGUGGAGAGUGUGUGAGGUCCUGACCUCCAGGUACCUCCCCUCCUUUUCAACCCCCAUUCCCUCUUCUCUCCCCUCCCUUCCUUUCUCUCCCUUCUUCUCCCCUCUCUUUAUCCUUCCUCUUCCUUUGGCUCCCGCCUCUGCUUCCCUCCUCUCCUGUCCUUUCCCAUCCCCUCCCCCCUCAGCCCCCAUCCCGCUCCUCCCACCCGGGUGGUCACAUGGGGGCGCCGCCGGAUUUAAGCUUAAUCUGCCUGGUGCUCAGCACAGCAGCCUGGCUGUGGCGCGUGCUGACUGAGCUAGUCUUGGGGUCCUGGGGAAGGGGGCGGGAGGAGUGCCCACAGCCUCCCCCCCAUGAGCUUGGGGCUGGCGGGGGCACAGGAGGUGGAGCUGACGCUAGAGACGGUUAUCCAGACACUGGAGAGCAGCGUCCUGUGCCAGGAGAAGGGUUUGGGCACGCGGGACCUGGCCCAGGACGCUCAGACCACCAGCCUGCUUGCCCGCAUCAGGGAAAUUGUCACCCACAACCUCUCCCGGCCUGAGAGCCCAGUCCCGCUGCCAGCCACGGAGAUGGCAUCGCUGCUGUUGCUGCAGGAGGAGAACCAGCUGCUGCAGCAGGAGCUAUCCCGCGUGGAGGACCUGCUGGCACAGAGCCGUGCCGAGCGCAAUGAACUCGCCAUUAAGUACAACGCGGUCAGCGAGAGGGGACCUGCUGCAGCUGGGAGGGGAGCUGGCCCAGACAUCAUGAGCUGUCCAGGAGGCAGGCCUGGGACUGAUCAACGGACCUGCGCUGGCAGAGGCCGAGACCGAGGCAGCCUGGAAGCAGGCCCAGCUGGAAGGCAGCCCUGGGACAAGAUGCUCCACGAGAAGGACCUGGCCCAGCAGCAGAUGCCGCGACCUGGAUAA